AUGAGGAUCCAAGCCAAAGAAAAGGAACUGCUGGAUCUGAGACAGGCUGAAAUCACUCAAGGUGAUGUACUGUGGAGAUCAGUAGAGCAAUGGCAAGUCUGAUGCCACUUUCAAGCUCUACUGAGCUACAUUUUAGUCGAUGCGGGAGGUUUUGGGAGUUCUUGUUCAUACUUGGCAAAAUUAAAUAUCUAAUUAUGGUCAUCAUGACCCCUGUCUGUGUCUCUCACCAGCAAUCUGCACAGACAGCAGGGGAGGACAAUGAGAGGAUCUUUACUGAGCUGAUCCGCUCCAUAGAGAGAAGGUGCUGUGAGAUGAGAGAGCUGACCAGAGUCCAGGAGGAGACUGCAGUGAGUCAGACUGAAGAACAUAUCGAGACUGGAGCAGGAGGUGGCUGAGCUGAGAAAGAAAGAAAGACACUGAGCUGGAGCAGCUUUCACACACAGAGGAUCACAUCUAUGUUCUACAGGUAACAUCACUGCUGCUCUGACACCUGUCGUAUGUAUGUGUUUUAUGUCAUUUUUUUCUCGUAGUCCACACUUUGACUUCCUCUCUCCUGGUUUCUAGAAGUGCCAGUCAAUCUCUAUAUUGACUGAACUCACAGAAACACCCAGAAUCACAGUGGUUCCUCUGGGGGAUUUUGGUAAAGUGUGAGCGUCAGUAUCAGCACUCUAGAAGAGAUUGGAGGACUUGUUCAAAGGGGAAUGGCCCAAAAAAUCCAGGGCAGGUGAGAAUGGACACUUUACUGUAAUUCUAACUUUUUCUAUAGAACAUUACUACUCCUCUCUGUAUAAAGUCAAAUUCUUAUUCCUCCAUAGCCGGCACAGUGAAACCCCUGCAGUGUCCAGAGCCCCAGAUCAGACCAGAGUUCUUAUUAUAU